AUGGAGCGACGAUGCGGCUGCCACCUCAACAGCCUCGGCAGCCUCGGGUACUGCGUGUUGGUCCUGGGCCUCUCCACCUACGUCAUCGCCACCGAAGUGCAGCAGUUCCUCAAGUACCUGAACCUCCCCUGGCCCCACCACAGCCUCCCCAGCCUCGAACUCAACAUACACAUCGGUCUGGUCGGAGCGGCAGCCGUCUUGCUCUUCUUCUUCUUCGGAGCCGCCGUCUUCAAGAUCGGGAACUUCGCCAACGACGGCUACCGCUUGGGCGUGCAGGACGGGGCGUGCUCCCGCGAUGCGCCGCCGCUGCCCGGACCGGCGGGGGGUCUCGUGCGCGGCGCCUGGCUGCACGGAGGCCCCACGGCGCCCUUCCUGCACCUGCUCGUCGCCCACUUGCUCAUCGUGGCCAGGCUGGUGAUCGAGGCCGCGGCAACCAAGGCAACUUUCCUGCCCGAGAAUACGGUGUGGUGGUCUGAGCUGUCCCGCGUCCUGCCCCACCGAAAUCGUGUGUCUGUCUUCAGCAUGCUGGAAAACAUCGCAGGCACCCCGACGCCCCCCACACCAGGUCCUGUGGCUAUGCGGUACGAAGCGUCGACGUCGGUGACCUUCCAGGCGAUGGAUAUGACGACUAGACGAGGCGGCGACGGCGGGGUGGAGGGCGAGGAGGCGGCCGAGGAGGGCGAGGACAUGUGGCAUAUUGGAGAGAUCGCCUGGGGACCCUUCUCGCCGCACUUCCUCAACUACGUCCUGGCCCACCUUCUCUACGCGGGCAGGUACGCCGGCGUGUUCUGGGGGACCAACAAGGCUCUCGGGCUGGUCUUCUUCACGCAGCUCACCCUCAACGCGGCCCAGAGCAUCUUCGCCAUCAAUGGGUUCCAGGUCCUGUACAAGGUUCACGUGGUGGGCGCCGAGCACGUGCUGCCGGUGUUCGAGGGGUUCCUGCUGCCGCUCCCCGCCUGCGUCGCCGUCUUCACCGCCUCGCAGAUCCUCGUGCUGGCUUCGGGGUCCGUCAUCUACCUCUACGGCUACGUCAAGUUCAACUCCUUCCUCAGCGCCGAGAAGGAGAAAUACCACAUCCUCAGCAAGCACGGGCACCAGAGUCCGUGGAGCUACUGGCCUCACUGCUGGGGGCUGACGGUGCUGGUGCUGAUGACGGCCGCCGCCUCGCCUCUCGUGUACGACUGGACGGUGGUGUAUCGCUCCUCGCUGGACACCUCCGUCAUGGCAGCCACCGUCGCCACCAUCGCCCACCUCUUCCUCUGGAUCCUGCUCUGGCUGGCUCUCACGCUGAAGUCCCGUUGGCACUUCAAGCUGCGCGUCCAGAUCUCCAAAACCAUCGUGACCAGCACCCACUCCAUCAGGCUGGUCAACGAGGUGCAGCUCUCCAGACAGAUUGAGGAUACCGAGGGGCCAGUGAUGGUGAUUGGAGCCGGCAAGACCUAUCUACUCCAGGAGGGCAGCCCCAAGCGGUCCCUGAUGAAGCUGGUUAUGCAUACAGUCACGCAGAAGAAGGCUCGUGGGGAGGAGGAGGAAAUCUACUGGCUACGUCCUAAGCCUCCGCCGUCGGGGUCUGGCACAUGGCACAAGAGAAAACAGUCCCCGGGGGUAAAGCACAAGGUCACCUUCAACGACACGCCCUCCACUUCGAGGAAACGUGACUCCGGGCGAGGGCAGUGUCCCGAUGUGCUGGGCGACCUUAGCGAGUCCGAGACCUCAGACAGCGAUGGGGACUACGCCAGGCUGAGAGACGUGUCCUUCCCGGGGCCCACCAGGAAGCUGUCUCACAAGGUGAACGGUUCCCGGCAGAUUAUUUGUAUCUUGCAGGACGAGCAGGCUGGGGCAGGACACGCAGGAGGGCAGACUGAACCCGCCCCGCCCGAGCCCGAGUCCCUAUCAGUGGGCGGAGACUUCCCAGCCCCGCCCCCUGAACUCACAGACCCCGCCCAUUACCCGCCCCCACCCGCGACUCCGCCACCCCCAUUGCCGGCUCCCCCUGAAGCUUGCAGCCCCCCAGCCGUUCCCCAGCACGCCCCGCAGAUGAUUCAACAACAACAACAAAUGACGGCUCAGCAGCAACAGCACAUGCAGCAACAGCACCACAUGCAACAACAGCAACAACAACAAAUGCAGCAACAGCAACAACAGCACCUACAACAUCAGCAACAACAGCAAAUGCAGCAGCAACAACAGCACCUACAACAACAACAGCAAAUGCAACAACAGCAACAACAACAAUUACAGCAACAGCACCAACAACAGCAGCAACAUCAGCAGCACCUCAACGCCCACCACCACCACCAGCACCCACAGCAGCCCCCACAAGUCCCACAGCACAUGACGCAGCCCCACCUACAGCAGCAGCACCUGGCCCAGCCCCACCCACAGAUCCACGUGCUGCGGGGCGCCUCACAGGAGAGCAGCCCCGGCCGCAGCGGAGAGGCUAACCUGGCGGUGGGCGAGGCGCCGCGCUGCUCCGACUCCUCCUCCACCGCCUCCUCGGUCAGCCCCCCGGACAAGCGCUGUGACUCUGGCAUCCACUCGCAGGCGUCGUACUCCUCCUCCUCGGCCUCCCACUCCAAGUCAGGUUCUUCUGGGUCAGAGAGCUGCGUGCCCCUCCCACCGGCGGGGCCGCCGCGAUGCUCCAGCGUUGACGACCUCUGCCGGACCCAGCCCCCGCCGCCGCCCCCGGAGCCUAAUGUCAAGAGUUUGUCAUUGCAGAGGGGCGCCGUGCCCCCCACCGGCAAAGAAACGGCUGCGGGCAAGGCGGGACGACUGAACAUUGAGGUGGUGGGCGGAGGCUAUGGCUUCCUGCCGCCCUCCAAGUUUGUGGCGUCGGAGCCGGUCUACAGCGACGCCUCCACCCCGGUGGUCAUCAAGAGACGCAGCUCCGUCACUGCCGUGGAGCCCGACACGCCGCCCUACGAGCGCUCGGGCUCCUCCUUCAGCACCUUCACGGAGCCCCAGCUGCCGCGGGCCGUGCUGAAGGGCAACCCGUACCCGGUCGUCGCCAAGUCCCAGACGGUUGCGGCUCACGGCCUCCGCGCCCGCCGGCUGCCCGCCGCCGACGCCAAGCACGCCACCAUCGCUGGGGCGGUGCCCCCCAAGGGCUUCCAUCAGCCGGGCCACAUCGACUCGCGCUACUUCUCUGUGCCCGCCGUCAAGCCGCCAGGUACCCGUGUGCACCCGGCGCCCACUCCCACCCUCUCCUAUCGCACCCCCUCCCUCCACUAACUCUCACGCCCGUACAGGAGUGAUGGCGUAAAGCAGCGACGCGUAGCCAGCACAUGUGCCACCAGCGGACAGAGGACCCCGAGAGCCACCGAUCGCUGCAGGCUUGCCCCCAGCUGACGCACGGACCGGCGCUGACACGGCUGCAGGGACGGGAGGAGGAGGAGGAGGACCGAGCGGCGUGCAGUGUUCGCGUCCCCGAGUCCGCAGAGCCAAGAUUCCAGCCCCCCGGCGCACCAGGGCACAAAAUAGCUAGAUAGACGCCGCCACCACUAAGGCUUGUGAGAGGUACAUAUCGCGUGGCCCAACACAGCGCCGGACGUCACCCCGCAGUGAUAGGUUUCCUUUCUCACGGCAGGUUAAGUUUCAAGGCUUGAGAUUCUCCCAAUGUCAUGGACCCAGAACCCAGUAGAGCUUCGUGUGCCCCGGCGAGGGCGGCACAGGUGUUGGUGUGAGUGUUGUGUGUCAGGCUCGUGUGUGCCGCCUCGCCAGCGUGAAGGACUUGCCGACCCGCCUCUCGGAGAUCAUCAUUAUUGCCUUAUGGUGUUGGGUUGCUAACCUAGAUUUAUGGCAAGUCAGUGUGAUGUACCAGUGACGUGUGUUUCGUACCGAUAGACGACAGAUUACGAUGUACGGAGGGCACAAAUUAAUGUAAUACUUAUAUAGUUGAUUACAGUUUAAGGCCAAUGUGGAUGAUUCAUUUUGUAUGUUAAUAUUAAUUCAUGAUACAAGAAUAUCCCCUGUGUAGCCGAAGCAUAUACCGUGGAGUUGUCUCUCGUGUGUCAGGGCACUUCAAAAGUGCCGAGCUGCAGACAGCGCGGGAGAGGGAGAGGGAGGGCAUCACUGCUGCUGAAGACGCUGGCACGACGAAGUGGAAAUAAACAACUCAAAUUGCGUUAGUUUUGCCUCAAGGCCGCGUACUGGUUUAUUGUAGCCUCAGCUUCUCCGCGCUGUGUAAUCUCCGACUCGCCUGGAUCAGUGUAGAUUAUUACGGCUUUGUUCUUUCUCUAUUCCUCCUCCAGCCUCUUGAUUCCAGCAGCGCAGAGCAGCAGCAGCAGCAGCGGGGCGUGGCGGUGCUGGCGCCCGCCGCAGCUCGCAAAAGGAAGUAUUGCCUAGUCUUGCCCCGAGGGUACAGGUAGUGACAGCCUCUAGCGUGACUUUUCUAUACUGUGUAAAGUUUAUAUUAUUAUUUUAUUAAUUUAUAGUCUAAUUAACAGUCGCUGUAUAAGGUUAUCAAAAACAAGCGCGUUAGGAAGACCUGUACAUAUUACCUUUACCAAAGAUUUCAUAUACUACGUACUGUACAUAGUGACAACGAUGUGUGGAGCAACGCGCGGCACCGCUUACUGGUGCUCUGGAGACGUCGCAAUCAAAAUUGUGUUCAUGAUCGUCCCACGGCUGUGCCUGAGUAACAGACGAACAGACCGCGGCGGAGGGUGUGGAGGAGACUGUCACGACGCACCACAUCUUAACAUUCCAAGUAGACAUUCAUAAUCUUCUUUGGUAUAGUUUUCUUACACUUUCAAUUGUUUUAUAUCGAGCUAUAAUAUCCCGCGUGCCCUUCCCCAUGCCCUAUUUGUCUGCCAUUUCUCUGUAAUCAUUCAUCCGUGGUUUUGAAAAUAUCACAACUUCACGUUUCUGCCUUCUGUAUAGUCUAGGGAAGAGACCAUCACGGUUUCAUUUGCGUGUAGGCCUACUAGUUUUCAUUCCUCGUAGUUAUAAGACAGAUUCCUACUGUAUGGCAUAUGUUCUUUAAAGAUGUCAUUACUACGUACAUAUUUCUUCUUACGCCUUCCUUCACAUGUCUCAGCUUUCAUUCUUCCUCUUCAUCAGAUAAACUUACUCUCACGCCGUUUACUCAUAUAAUUCGUUCACAUUUCAUUUUUCUUUUUUACACGAUGCCACAACGAUUCCUUCCCUCAAAGCAGUCAUCACUCAAGCUUCUUUUCACGUGUAUCAUCCAUUUUUUGCAUUUGUCAUACUUAUGAUGUCGUUGGGCCGUGAAGGGGAAGCGAAAAACCUGUACGCCCGUGUCUCUUGUUUUCUUGUCUUUUAUUUUAUUUCCGCCCUUCUUGCAUUUAUCAUACUCGUAGUGUCGCCAUGUUACGGAUGGAAAAACAAGUCACCCGCGGGAGAUGUCUGUUAUUCAAGCACUACAGCGUGGGACGACUUGACAUGCUUCUUUGUUUUAAUUUUAUCCAUCAACAACAGCAACAACAACCAAUGCAAAAAAACGAAAGCAAGCAGACAUUGUUUAUAAGAAUAUUCAAGUAUAUCAUUAUCAUUAUACUACGCCUAUCGGAUAAUUAUUGUAAAGUAUAUAUAAAACGUGAUAUAACUGUAUGGCUUUAUGAGUAGUGUACACCUUUAUACGUACGUGGACAGAGUGUGUGUGGCGAGGACAUUGAGGUCGGCAUUCUCUGACCCUUCCGCCUCUCACCCCAACUAUUUCCAAAGCCCAAAAAGGAGAUCAAUCGGAUUCUAAUGAGUGUCUUUUGAGCUCCAUGGUACAGAAGAAGGAUCAGACUGUCACCAGGGUCGUAAAGGUAUCCAUGAAAAUGCCUACAACUCCUAUGAAAGCCUUGCCAAAUGUGUGAGCCUUGGCGUCGAAAUGUUUAAGAAUAUGACCUCAUGUCCCUCAGCUUUCUGGCGGGAGUGACGAUCGCCAGCAUAAAGCUUCAUUCGUUUAUUCAUUACCUUUUUAUACCAGGGUUUUCAUCAGACCAAUUCGUCAGAAAAGGUUUAUAUAAGCAUUGUUCACGAAUUCUGUUGUUAUCGUAAUAGUCAUGUUUGUAACAGUUAUUUAUUUUCCCCUUGAAUAAUAAGUAAAUCACAGUAGGUCAUCAUUGUGAUCAUAUUGUGGUGGAAAGCGCCUCCCGAUCAGUGCCAGUCAGAAUACAAUGUGCAGUGUCAGCUAGUAACUUUUAUAAUGAUAGUUGUGCAUCAUGUGACCAAACAGCUCACCCACGGACACACUCGCAACACAAAGCCAACAACUGCCACCAGACCACACGGCGGGGAAGGAGGAACGAAGGUGUCGCCGAUACCCGUGUUUAGAUCACCCUUGAGGGCCUGUCCCGCCACCAAAGGUCUGCACUGAAAUGCGUGUAUAUACAACGUUUCCAGGACUGCAUUCAGGCGUAGCCGCAGCACCUAACUUAUGCUACUGAGUGCAAGUGUUUUGUAUGUCCUUUAUACAUAACUACAUGUUCGUAGGGCGAGGAGAGUGGAAUGUGUGGUCGUCGUGUACUGUUUCCCCUUCAGCGGUAGCAGUGAGGAGUGAGGAAGACACCCCUGCACCCCCACCCCUCCUGAGGCCCCGACGUGCGGCCUCCCACGCCAGCCUCCGCCGGUUCAUUUCCUUCUUUUCAGUCUUUCUCUGCAUCAUCUCACCCUCAGCCACUCCUGAAGCAGUGGUGACACUGGCGCUGCGUCGUGUCGUGUUACCGUCGCCUUUGUACAUACAUGACGUGACAUGUUCCCACACGGCACCAGAGAAGUUUUCCUUGUUUGAGUUACUUUGGCUCAUGGUUGAAUCAGCGCCCACACGGAGCAGAAGUUGAAGUCAUUCCGUGUGAUACCAAAUUAUGGUUACGUGCGUGCUCGUCAGUUGCAAACGUUAAUGAUAUUUGUCUUGUUUCUGUUUCCCUUGGCCGCCAGCCGCCGAGUGUCGGGGUGGGGGGCGAGGGGCUGGACAGACAGGCGGGUAGGCAGUGCCGCCAGCAACGGCACGUCGUCGAGCCCGCACUCACCACUACUGCAUCAGUUGCUGGAAUGUUGGUCAGUCUCGCAGCGGUGGCGGCCACGUGAGGGCCCCGGCCUCGUGCCGCGGGGUCCCGCCGGCGGCAGGUCACCGCCGUCUCGCCGGUCCAGGCUGAGGUCGUUCGUCUCACCAGCUGACCCUCGGCCUCGUCACUGAUGACCAGAAGCCAACACACUUAAUUUUUAUCUCUUUGUCAUCCAGGAACUGAGGUUUCCCCCAGGUUUGGAAUAUUUAACUCUCUGUGUACACUCCUAGUUGUACUAUAUCAUGUGCUGUACAUGAAUGUACUUCUCGUAGCUUAGAUGUCAAAAGUACAGUAUUACCAAUGUCUGUGAACCCUGCCUUUGGAAACAUGUCACUGACUUCGGGUGCAGAAUCCUCCGUGGAGCAUCUGUGUAUAAACGGUUGCUAAAUUAUUGGUCAUAAUCCACAACCCAACGAGGCAUCCAAUGGCAGGCCUAAGCUAAAAAAGAAUAUUUAAAAGACCAGCAUUCAUUUCAUUAGUCUAAUUAUUAACAUUUAAUAUGCUUUUCACUUUUCUACUUAUUAUUGAUGCGUUUUUGAGUACAUGGUGAAAAAUUGUUUACAUUUUUAUACCCAAGAUAAUUAGAGACGUGAAUCAAGGGGCCUCAUGUGCGGAGGACUCGCCCAAGACUCGGCCAGCACACCCUCGAGCCUCGCCACCUAGCGCCCCAGCUUGUGCCUGCGUCCACCUCCUCAUGUGUUCACUCGAGAUCUUAUGAUGAAAACUUGGCGCUAAAAAACGAGCAACAAAUCACACCUUCAAGAACAGUUCAAAGUCAACGGGUCAGCUGCGUGGGUCAAGAGACAGGCUGGUGGUCAAGGGUGUUCCAAGGGCAUCAACCUUCAGUGUGUUCUGGAUGCAAGUCUUGGGUGGUUCUCUGUUCGGAAAGUGAGUGCCUGUUCAACCUCACUGCAAUGUAUAUCACUUUAGAAUACAACUAAUAAAAAAAAGUGUAGGCCAAUGUAUUCGUGAACUCAGCCGGUUUUGAUUGACUUAGUUGUUGUUGUAUUGUCGUGAAAGGUUAUGAUUUUACGGAUAUUUAUGUACAAAUAAUUUAAGUUUUUAUGUGGCGAGGUGGUGCUAUGUGUGUGUGGCGAUGUAUCAUAUGAAGCCAAUAAAAUGUGAGGUCUC